AUGUCACAAAUUCUAAAGCAAAAGAUUAAAGUUGCAUUGAUCCAGCUGGCUGGCUCGAGUGCAGAUAAGUUGGCUAAUUUGGAUAGGGCCAAGACGUUUGUAGAGAAGGCUUUGCUCGAACAGCCAGAUACUAAGUUGGUUGUGUUGCCUGAAUGUUUCAACUCUCCGUAUGCAGUUGAUAAGUUUAGAGAGUAUUCGGAAAUACUUUCGAGUGAGUCGACCUCUGUGAAAGUAUUAUCGGAACUUGCAAGAAGAUUCAAGAUAUAUUUGGUGGGUGGUUCUAUCCCUGAACUUGACCCGCAGACUGAUAAGAUCUAUAAUACUGCUCUUGUGUUCGACGAGGCCGGCAAACUGAUUGAUACCCAUAGAAAAGCCCAUUUAUUCGACGUUGCUAUUCCAAAUGGAAUCACAUUUCAGGAGAGUGCAACUUUAAGUGGCGGAGAAAAAUCUACUACAGUGGAUACAAAAUAUGGUAAGAUCGGUGUUGGGAUUUGCUAUGACAUGAGAUUUCCGGAAUUAGCAAUGAUCAGUGCCCGCAAAGAUGCAUUUGCCAUGAUUUAUCCAAGCGCUUUCAACACGGUCACAGGUCCUAUGCAUUGGCAUCUGUUAGCUAGAUCGAGAGCCAUCGACAACCAACUGUACGUCAUUUUAUGUUCGCCAGCAAGGAACAUGGAGAGUGCUUAUAAAGCAUAUGGCCACUCACUAGUGGUGAACCCUCGUGGUGACAUCAUUGCAGAAGCUGGAGAAGGGGAAGAAAUCAUCUAUGCUGAAUUGGACCCUGAAGACAUUGCUGCAUUCAGAGAAGCUGUUCCCGUCACUAAGCAGAGACGGUUCGAUAUUUACUCGGAUAUCAGUAAAUAA